AGUUCGUGAAACAGCUCAUGAGACCCUUAAUACGCUGUUCUAUUGCGGAGCAACCCUCUUAAAGAGGGUUCGUUGUUUGCAGCUUGCUGAAUAUAAAAGGAUGGUGUGAUGGUAAUUCUCAAAUGUAGUCCUUAAAAUCCAUUUCAUUCUGUAAUAGACACCAACAUAAAAGAACAAUCAGAAGUGCCAAGAAUUCUUCAGAUCGGAACAAGCAAUUAUAUUUUUGAAAGCCUCUAAGUCAAUAUGCUAUGAUAGAUCAGAGAAAAUGAAGGGCUUCAAGGAAUUUUUGCUGCUGCUUGCAUUACUGGUAAUGCUUAUCAGGCCAUUGAAUGGUGGCAGUGUGACACCACUAGAGGCAAAGCAGCUCAGAGAUGAGGUUAAGCAAAUGUUUUAUCAUGCGUUUGAUGGUUAUAUGGAACAUGCUUUCCCCCGCGAUGAGCUAAGGCCUCUCAGUUGUACAGGAGAAGACUCAUUGGGUGGCUAUGCUUUGACACUUAUUGAUUCUUUGGACACAUUAGCAUUGUUUGGUGAUAAGGAACGGUUCAGUGAGGCAGUUAAUUGGCUUGGCAAAAAUGUGCAUUUUAAUAAAAAUAAAACUGUUUCUGUGUUUGAGACAACAAUACGAGUUCUUGGAGGCUUACUUUCAGCACAUCUUAUUGCAAGCGAUGAUGCAACAGGAAUGAGUGUUGCUUCAUAUGACAACGAGCUUCUUCAUCUUUCUGAGGAUUUGGCUCGACGAAUGCUACCAUCCUUCGAAACUCCCACAGGAAUACCUUAUGGUUCUGUGAAUCUAUUAUAUGGUGUUGAUGAGAAUGAAAGCAAGAUUACUUCAACUGCUGGAGGUGGGACUCUCACCGUAGAGUUUGGACUUUUGAGUCGGUUGGUUGGAGAUCCCGUAUUUGAGAAAGUUACAAAGAAUGCAGUGCGAGGACUCUGGGCCCAACGGUCAGAAAUUGAUCUUGUUGGAGCUCACAUUAAUGUUUUCUCAGGACAGUGGACCCAAAAGGAUGCCGGGAUUGGUACAAGCAUAGAUUCGUUUUAUGAGUACCUUCUGAAAGCAUAUUUGUUACUUGGAGAUGAAGAAUAUUUAUUUAUGUUUCAAGAGGCUUACAAAGCUGCCAUGCGUUAUCUUUAUGACGAUCCAUGGUACGUGGAGGUCAACAUGAAUUCGGCAGCUGUUGUAUGGCCAUUGUUCAACAGUUUGCAGGCUUUCUGGCCUGGGCUUCAGGUUUUGGCUGGAGAUGUGGAGCCAGCUGUUCGGACACACAAAGCCUUCUUUAGUGUCUGGAAACAGUUCGGAUUUACACCAGAGGGUUUCAAUCUUGCAACAUUUAGUGUGCAGCCUGGUCAAAGGAGUUACCCCUUGCGUCCAGAGCUGAUUGAGAGCACCUAUUGGCUUUAUAAAGCUACUAGGGAUCCAAUGUAUCUUGAUGUUGGACGGGACAUUGUUGCCAGUCUGCAGUACAGUGCAUGGUGCCCUUGUGGAUAUUGUCACAUAGCAGAUGUAGAAACUCACAAACAAGAUGAUCACAUGGAAAGCUUUUUCCUAGCUGAAACAGUUAAGUACCUAUGGCUUCUUUUUGAUUUGGCUGUGGGUGGGGAAAAUAUGGUGGAAAAAGGACCAUACCAGUAUAUAUUUAAUACAGAAGGCCAUUUGUUCCCCAUGUCUCCUGAGAUAUCUUUAACAGAAGAACACUGUUCCUAUGUUGGAAGUUUUUGCAAGGAUAACCAUCAGCAUAACUCUAUGUUGAAUAAUUUCAAGACUGAUCUCAAAGAGGCAAUGGAAUUUCAUGCAAAUGACAAGGCAUUUGGCAAUGAUUGGUGUCCUGCAACAAAUCCAACACAUGAGGCAAAGGAUGAGUAUAAUGCAAUGCAUGGCCUUAUUAAGGGUAUUUGUCCAGCACUGAACCAUUGGCGAAAAUAUGGCAUUUCUUCUUUGGCAGAUAGUGUAGCUACAGCAAAGGAACCCAGUACACACACUCAAAAUGGUCCCCAUAACAAACAGAACGCUGAUAUUAGAAAGCUGAUUGCUGUCUUUCAAAAGACUGACCAUGAAUCUGUAGCUUCAAAUGCUGAUAAUCCAGCGAGGAAUUCAUUAUCAGAUGGUACAAGAUUGAAUGCCCAAGAUCAUAUUAAAGUUGAAAAUGUGCUUACUGAAGGAAAUGAGAUGCUUCAUGUGGGAACUGCAAAUCAUUCUGAAAGCAGUGUAGAUUAUAGAUCUUCCCAAGAUGUUCCAAAGGAGGGUUAGUGUCAAUCCUUCUGAAUUUGAUGAAUGAUUUGUUAGCAUUUUUUGUCAUUGAUGUCUGGUAUUUGUCAAUCUCAUAAAAUCCGAAGAAUGAAAUAACAAAGAGCAGAUUUGAUGUUUAACAAAUUGAAUGAUUGCGGAAACGAAUAGACAUCUUCAAACUGUUUCUGCACACUAAAACUUGGUCUGAAAACAGUUCAAUAGAAUGUUAAAUUCGAUCAGUUUGGUGGUCAAAUCUUAAUCUACAAACAAAAUUGAAUUAUAGAAUACUCUUACAGAAUGUCACA